AUGCGUAAAUCCAAUGAGAUCAAUAUAGCAGCAGUAAUAAUACUGAACAUUUUCGAACAGGAGGAAUCUGUCCUCCUUCAGGAAAAAAGCGAACCCGAAAAGAGCACCCACGUAGAAGUGGAUAUUUUCCAAUCGUCCUCUCCGGACGAUUUCGCCGGACCGGCCCGGAAGCGCGAGGAGGCGUACGGCUGCCUUCCCAGCGAGGAUUACUACGUGUGCCCGCACUGCAACAACAGGUAUCCCGAGAUGGUAUACGACGUGCACAUGAGCUACCACGGCCGCGUCGACCCCUUUACGUGCAAUUUGUGCCGCAAGCCGUACGGCAACAUGUCGGAUUUCAUGUUGCACAUCUACAAGAAACGCGUAAUGGACGAGGAGAAUUACAUUACAUCCUGGAUACCGAAUCUGUUCGGUGCUAUUUUCCAAAAGGAUAGAUUCACAUUGAGAGAGGCGUUGCAACUGCAAGAUUUCGAUGAGCAGAUUCAUCUAAUGGCGACUUUCCUAUCCGACGAGAUUUUACGCGGGAUCGUCUUGUCGAAGAAGAGCACGCGAAACUUUCGCGCCGUUCUACUGUUGCUGAACACCUCGGGUCUGUCGAUCGACGCCUGGCUCUCGACGUUGUUCACGAGAUGUAUUCAGGACGAAAAUAUAGGCAGUCUGGAGUUCAUGACGAUAUUGGACAAUUACAUCGGCGGAGUCGCGCGCGAGAUAUACCAGAACGAAGGAGACAUAUUGAAGCUUUCCGGUGCGGAAGUUACGAUGAGACGAGUCGCGACAGGAUUGCUGGCAGCGUGGAAAGUACGCGACGACCAAUUCACGUUCGACACCGUGCAACGCGUGAUCGAGUGCGCGAUUCGUAUCCGAGACUCUAAUCGCAACGGCUACAUUCCCAAAGCGAACAUCGCGAUUUCGGCCGGCGACGUGACGCUCUGCGUGGUCGGCAACGAGGAGGUCCGGGAUUUCGUGGUCCAGGGCUCGGCGAUCUGCGAUUUGAAGUACGCUGGAAAAGUAGCACAGCCCAACGACGUAGUACUGUCGUUCAGCGCCUGGCGGCAUUGUACGCCGAGUCGUUACGAGUAUGUCGUCAAAGACUUGCGUAACGUCAAGUACACAUCUCCAAGUAGUACACUGACAUUAGAGAACGGCAACAUUGACAUCAACAUGACAUCUCUGACGUCACUGUGCUACCUGGGUCGCUUACUGAAUAAUUUCUCGUUGCGGAAUGCGCAAAGUCAUUCGAUGUGUAUUUUUGGCGCAGAGAACGCUAAUUUGAGACUCGAAAAGCGCAUAUAUCGCGCGAUUAUCAAGACGUUGGCGAGACCAGACGAAAAGUCAAGAGACGUGAAGCCGAGGGCCAAAUCGAUCUACAUGAGAGACAGAUCUAUCUCGGAUUCCACGAGCGAGCCGUCUUUAAAGUUGCGUACGACGUUCACCGACCAGGACUUCCGCUCCGAAUCGAUGAUCGCUCUCAUCAAGAAAAGAGUUCCCAGUAUCGCGAUCUCCGUGAUCACGAUGGCGGAACCAAAUUUCAACAUGCUGAUGAAGAGCUACCUGAUGAAGUUCGUGAUCCAACAGAUCGAAAAGGGUCUAUCGUUGGAGUUUCUGACGGUGAUCAGACACGUCACCACGGUGUCCCUCGAUAUCGUUGCCGACAAGUAUACGGGCGAAGAGUUGCUUCUCCUGGCGGAUAAGUGCUUCUUACUUGUGCACAACGUGGUCGCGCAAUACGCAGGCCGCAUCGACACAAUACAUUUGCACGAGAAGAGACUCUUCUUCCGCGUUGUUUUCGGGAUAAGCGGGCGCCAACCCGAUGAUCAACAACGAGGAAUGAACGUCGACAAGGCUUGUGGACAUGGCCUCGCUUGCGCAAUGCAAUUACUGCGGAUGGUGAAGAGCAUCGCCUGGAUUUACGACGUAUCCGUCGGCGUCUCAACAGGAUCAGCCUAUUGUGGUGUGGUCGGGAACACGUUGCGAAAGCAUUACACCGUCAUCGGGCCGGCUGUCAACAGAGCCGCCGGUAUAAUGGAUAUUUCCUACGACAUGAUCUCCUGCGACUACGACACCGUGCUGCACAGCCGUCUCAGGAAGAAUCGGUUUCGCCCGCGAGGUCUGAAGACGCUGGGACCGUCGGAGAAGUGCCAGGUGUACGAAUACCUCGGCGACGCGACGCAAAUGGACGAUCCUCACGUCAUCAAGUCCACGGAAUAUUGCUAUCCAAUCCUGGGCAGGCAGCAAGAGCUGGACGACUUCGACGACAUCUUGGACGAGAUCAGAGUGGCCGGACGGAGUUACUCCGGGAUGCUGAUCGAGGUGACGAUUUUUGAAUCUCCUCUUCCUCCGAGGAUCGGAAUAGCCGAGAUUAUCAAAUCGACCGUUUGUUCCAUCGAGGGUGGCGACCGGUCCGGGAAGUCGAGGCUGUUGGACGCCUUCGUCGCGAGCGUCCGCGACCGGCAAAUACGGCCGAUCGAGCUCUCGCUCCACGUCACCUACGCGGAGAAGACGAACGCGGUGGCAUAUCACGUUAUCCUGCAGUUACUGGAAGCUGAGGACUGCGUAACGAUCGAGGAGCGUCAAAAGAUCUUGCUCGUCAAACUGGCCGGCAUCGUCGCGCCCGAGGACCUCUGCUAUCUCAAUGACCUGAUGAGAGUAUGCUUCCCUCUGUCAGAGGCUUACUCCGCCCAGUCUGAUUGGCGACGUUGCGAAAAGACCAACGAUAUCUUCGAGGCGAUAUUGAAGCAGUCCAAAACCAAGAUCUGCAUCCUGCUCGACGACGUUCAGCACAUGGAUGAGGGGUCCUGGCAACUUUUAUCUUCGGUCCUUGACCACGACCACAUUGUCAUGGCGAUGACAAUGUUGACGAAAGAGCCGAACACCCGGUCAGAUACGCCUUCCGUGCAAUCGAUGAUCCAUAAAGACAAGAGGCUGAUGAAGCGAACACUGAAUGGCCUGAAUCCGGACUUGCUUCCGACGCUUGCUUGUCAAUUUCUGAAUGUCCUCGCGAUAUCCAGAGAAUUGAGCAGAACCCUGCGUACCUGCACAGAAGGCCACAUCGGAUGGUGCGAGACGUAUCUCACGUCGCUGCUGCAGAACAAGGCGUUGGACUUAGUUAGGAUAACGCCGAGCGAGGCGAGUCAACGUGACCUCGUCUUCCCGGACGUUCGUAUGCUCACGAGACUGCCAGCCGACCUGACACCGCAGGAACUGCCACCACCUCUGCCCUGGUCGCAGAUGAGUCACUUGGACGUGUGCGAUGUAAACGGGCGUUACUCGGACGAGAUCUCCGAAACAGACCGCGACAUGAAAGAAUUAAUGUGCAAGAUCUAUGAGAAGAUGAGUCCGUACGAGCGAAACUUCAUCACAUGCGCCGCGACAUUGGGCCCGGUGUUCAAACGGAACGUGUUGCUGAGAGCGAUGCCGCGUGAGGAUGACAAUGAGAAUAACCCCGCUAAUAUCGCAAUUUCGGAGAUGAUUCGCAUGAGGAUCUUGGAGUGCGGCUCGUUUCAGCGACUGGACUUUCACGCCGAGGACCUCGUCCUCUGCAUAUUGAAGGAGCAGCGGACCUUCUCCGACAUGCACCACUUGGUGACUUGCAGUUGCCACUUAACGCAUCAGGUCAUCGUCGAUAUAUAUUCGCCCUUCGGCGUUUACUGCGAAACGUUGGCAUUUAAGGUCAAUCUGUUUCGCAAGACGGUGUACGACGCACUGUCAGAUGAGCAAAAGCGGCAGCAUCACGCGAGAGCGGUCGAGAUUUACAGCGAAAGAGCUCAAAAAUGCAGCUCCUGCGGCGCCGGCGCUUUUCUUCGAGCUCCCGGCGAAGACGCGUUCUCGAAGAGGAAGAACAAUAUACACUCAAUGAAAAGAACAUCGUUGAUACGUCGCGGAAUGUUAUUCGCGGAUCCACAGCACGAGGAAAGAUUGUCCAUCGCGAGAGGAAACGGAUUUAUCUCGUUGUCAUCGGUGAAGUCGCGAGAAUUCGCGGACGACACUCACAGGGUGUCGAUCAUGCCGACGUAUCUCGACGUCAUCGGCGUGGACGAAGAUAUUCCCACGGUAACACGGAGUAGCGAGGAGAUCAAGGAACGUUCGACGAGCAGACCUUCGAAAUUCUGGAGACGCGCUUCCUCGAGCAUCGCACCGGCAGCGACGAGAGAACAGAGCCAGUCGAGCUGCUUGGACACGUUCGACUACAUAGAUUACCGCAGUUGUCGAUGCAACGAUAUCAUCAGUUGCCUCUUCUGGCGGUUGCACCAGCACAUCGAGAACAGCGGCGAGGUGGGGAAGAGUGUCGACUUUCUGAUGGAGUACAGCUCCGGGUUGAUUCAAAUCGCCCAACCGUUGUACGCUAUCAAGCUGCUCACGAUCGCCGCCGAGAGGAACGAGAAGACUGCCGAGAUCGGCAAUGACGUGGGAGAGAUCGCCAAGAAUAGGGGACUUAUUCUAGCUUUAACAGGCGACGCGCACACCGCGCUGGGGAACUACGCUCAGGCUAAAAGGUACUACGCGGCGGCGAUGACGCUUCAAGGUGCCCCUUUGAAAAUGCACAAAGUCGUGUGCUACGGCCUACUAAUGACCAGGGAAGACAAAUUGAAAACGGCGAGGAUGUUCGCCAUGCGAAGUUUAAAAGUGAGCUUCUCGAGCUUCGACGGCUUCCUGGAGAAAGGCGAAAUAUAUCUAGCAGCCGUUCAAAUUUCACGUCGCACCGGUGACAAUGAGUUAACACGAUGCAUCGAGAAACUGAUGUUGACCGUAAUAGAGACGAAGCUCUGCUGGAACGACGCCGAGGAAAUAGCGAUGUUGGCGAGGAUCUACUUCGCGAUGUAUCAAGUCAGAGCGUUGAAAGGCGAGUUGGAGGAUGCCGUCGACAUGGGCGUUAAGGUUUUGAGGAUAUCCCGAACGCUACACCUGAAUGACUUGUCGUUGGCCAUUAUGCCGUCAUUAAUCGAAAUAAUGCUUUGGACGAAACGCAUCAAUCAGGCUGUCGACCUGCUGGAAGAGCUGUACUUUUUAGCGGAGGAGGACGUGGAUCUGUCCGCCAAGACGUGGUAUCACGCUCUCUCCUUGGAGCUCUUGAUCGACGCCGGUAUACUCCUGCAGUCCUACGAGACGUCUCUCGAUUAUUACGAGAAGCACAUCGAGCUGUCACCGUUUGCUUACGUGCCUGUGGAUAUACCAGCUCAGGAUGGACUGGAGUAUUACCUGCUGAUGUUGUUGCGCUGUGUCAACACGAAGCACUCGGACGGGUUGCUCGAUCGAAUCCGAGAUGUUCGCAAGAUCAUCGGACGCCUCGACAAGGCCUCCGACUACGUGACGGUGGUGAAACCGUGUUUGUACUUGCUGACGGCUUACUUGAAUGCUAUUCGGGGUCACAAGUCGGCCGAGCGAUUUUACCUGCGAAAAGCCCGAAAACUGGCGAACGCGCAGGGGAACAAAUUAAUCGAGGCGUGGAGUAUACAGAAUGAAAGGACGUGGGCUGAGAAAGUCUACAACAAUAUGGCGCGGUAUUGGUUGGAAUACAUGGGAUCGUUGGACUUCGUGCCUUGGCAGUACGUUCGCAACUUCAGCGUCAAAGUGUGGUCUACGAUACUUUAUCCUUUACCGAUACCUGACACGUAUUUGUAG